AUGUCGACAAACACCGAGGCAGCUCCAUUAUCGCUACAAUACGACAUACCGCGCGAACUGCGAGACAUGAUAUGGGAGUUCGCGGUAGUGGAAGACAUCACCAUCCCUCUGGGUUCUCGCAUCGUCGAGCCCGGGUUGUUGCUCGUUAGCAAGCAGGUCCGUGAAGAGGCCGUGUCAAUUUUCUACAAGAAGUCCACGUUCGCCAUUGAGGUAUCAGACUGUAAGUACACUACCCUUAGCCGCACUCUCUCACGUCUUGAACGGCAGACCACCAACCGUAUGACGAACGUCCGUACAUACGUGCUGUCGAAGAAGCCUCACUGGCCAAACCUGCUCGACAGCUUGAAGUUCGUGCACGCGCGCCUGAAUGGGAUUUUUCGGUUCACUUGGGUUGGUCAGCCAAUUGCGGGCACGAAGCCGUAG